GGAGAAAAUAAAAAAAAGAGACAAACAGCUUGAGAAUAGGACACCUAAGAAAAACAAAUAUUUCAUGUCAGUCUGGCUCCCUCUGAGGCCAGAAAAGGAGGAGUAGGGAGAACAUGGACUCCCUCUGUGCUCUCUACAUCUUUACUGCCCUCCUGCUUUCUUCAUUCCCAUAUGGGAAAGGAGCAGAUGUUAGGGGCAAAGGGAACCACAAUGAGACAGGAAACAUGAUAGAGUUGCUGCAGAGGAUAAGUGAGGAGAUGCCAACUUUGUCUGGACUUCGGAACAGCAUUGGUGUUGCCCUUGAGAAUCUCCAUACCCUGGACUUCAGGCUGACCCAGGUGGAGAUGCAAGGGAAGGACCAGCAGACAGCAGCGAGAGCAGAAUGGCAAAGCCAGAACCGUGUACUUGAGACACUAAAUUGGGAAAUCAGCAAGAUCUCAACUUUGACUGAGGUCCUUCGGCAGGACCUCCAUACACUUAACCAGGCUGUGUUAGAGGUGAAGUUUCACCUCAAUCAUGAGGAACCUGCCAAUAAAAGUCUAGCAUUGGGUGUUGAACGAGUGUCAAGCAACAAGCUGAGACUCAUGUCAGCCACAUUGAUCAGCCUCAAGGGAUCUUUAGCAACAAUGGAGUCUGCCAUGACAGGAAUAGUCCAAAAUGUCACCUACAUCACCAAUAUAUCAAGGGCAUUGGAUGGACGAUUGAGGCAGACAGUGACCAGAUCUGACCUUCAUAACAAACUGCUAGACCUCAAGGACCAUAUGCAACCACACCACUGUCCUUCACCCCUGCCAUCAGGGACAAAUGAAAGAGUCCCACGUUCCUGUUCUGAAGUAGCAGCUGAAAUGCCUUCAGGCAUUUACUUGCUUCAACCAAAGGGUUUGCUCAAGCCUUGGUUUGCAUAUUGUGACAUGAAGACACAGGAUGGAGGCUGGACGGUGAUGCAUCAUCGUUAUGAGGGACAGCAGGAGUUCUACAGAGACUGGCAUGAUUACAAACAUGGCUUUGGGAACUUAGGAGGAGAAUUUUGGCUUGGCUUGGAAAAAAUCCAUCUCCUGACUUCCCAGGAGGUGUGUGAGCUGAGAAUUGAACUUGAGGAUUUUGAUGGAGUGAAGGUGGUUGCCAGUUAUGAGGCAUUUGCAGUAGGCAGCGAAGUUGAGGGCUACAGUCUGAAACUCCUGGGGAAAUAUGAUGGAGAUGCUGGUUUGACACUCUUUAUGCUAUUGGAGAGAUAUAUUGAAUUUUCCUAUUGGUCCCCCUGA